AUGGCGACUAGAGCCUCGUCACGGCUGCGCAUACCCGCGCCCGGCACAACGUCGACAUCCGCGUCGACGCCGCCGACGACGCCAUUCCUCUUCGCCGACCUGCCAGUGGGCGAGCCCCUCUCCUAUGCCGACAUGGAGCACAUCACCGGCGACCCGGGCACGAUGCGCAAGAUUGGCAAUCGCAAACACGAGCUGUGGUACCAAACCCCCGCCAUGCUCAAGUGCCCCCUGUGCCGCAAGCACCCCCACCGCUCGUCGCUCAUCAACCGUCUCAAGGUCGCCGAAGCGGGUGGCUUCUUCCACCUCCAGGCCUGUAGUGCGUGCCAGUACUCUUCGGUGAGGUGCAUGGGGAGCACGCGCAUAAGUGGGUCCUACGUCGCGUUUGUCGACUGGGACACCGUGGUCUUCGUCGACCAGAAGACGAAGGAGGUGGUGGUGUCGGGCGACCAGGACGAUACUGGCGACAACAAUGCCUCCAGUGGGAGCAAUGUCACCCUCGAGGAAGGCGACCACGAGACUGGCCUUGCGGAGGAAAACGAGAGGGCGCACACCGAUGCCGUGGGGGACGAGCACAGUCCAGACCACGUUAUGGACACCCACCCCGGCGAUGACGCCCACGAUGACCAUCACCGCCCAAGCAAGCGUGCUCGCGUCAAGACACAAGUUAGCCCCAGCCCUGCGCCCCUUCCCCGUACACCCAGUCCGCAACCUCCUGGGGCGAUCACGAGCACCGGGCCACUCUCUGCGGACAUCGCGGGCCUCCUCAAGCCCAUCGCGGACCGCCUCAAGGGCCACGACGAGGAGAAGGCCCAGUGGGCCAUUGAGCAGGCGCAGUGGAGCGACGAGCGUGCUCGCCUUCACUCGCAGCUGACCGCCUCUCAGUCCGACAUGGACGUCUUGCGCGCCGAGUUUGCGGCCCGCGAGGCCGUGUGUGCGCAGAGGGAGGAGGCGUGGGCCCUCGAGAAGGUCCAGCAUGCCGCUGCAGAGGCUUCGUGGAGGGCCGAGAAGGAGGAGUUCGAGGUGUGGCGCCAGGACUGCCUGCGCUUCCUUCAGCGCUGA